CGCUGCGAAUUUCACACUUUCUGGCACACCUCGCAACCGGCGCUCCAACUUACUGCAACGACAACCUACUCAGCGCAACCACUGUCCACCUUCUUCAGCGUCUCCGCCGGCUGCACCCUCUCCCCGCACCCGCUCAAUGUCUGAAGCCAUAGACGCCGGUGGUCUGCGCAAGCGUCCGCAGAAGGAUGCCGCCGCUUCUGGUGGCGCAAAGCUCUCGAAUGGCGUAGACAUAAAGCCCGAGGUCGACUUCAAAGACAGCAAGGUUAAACCACAAAAGGCGGCAGCGGCAGCGACACAUGCACCGCGGCGUAUCGGAUCUGGGGUUCGCGUCCUCCCCGCAAAUACACUCCAAUGGACGGUCCUCAUCACGCUCACAGCCGCAGCCCUCUUCACCCGCCUCUACCGCAUCUCCUUGGCCGACUAUGUCGUAUGGGACGAAGCGCACUUUGGCAAGUUCGCAGGCCACUACCUCAAGAGGACUUUCUAUUUCGACGUGCAUCCACCGCUGGGCAAGAUGUUGAACGGCCUUGCCGGCUACGUUGCCGGCUUCAACGGGACGUUCGAAUUCAAAUCGGGGGAAAAGUACCCGCCGGAGUUAAACUACUCCGUAAUGCGGAUUGCCAACGCGCUGUUUGGGGUCGGGAUGGUGCCGCUGGCGUACCUCACGGCCAUCCAACUGCAUCUAUCGGAACCGGCGUGUAUCCUCAUGGGCGUGAUGGUCCUCGGCGACGUGGCGUUGGCGGUGAUCAGCCGGUUCAUAUUACUCGACUCGAUGCUGCUCUUCUUCACAGUACAAAGCGUCUUCUGUCUCGCCGUCUUCCGCAACCAGCAACAAACCGCGCCGUUCACAUUGGAAUGGUAUGCCUGGCUCUUCGCAACGGGAAUCUCGCUAGGCGCCGUCGCGAGCGUCAAAUGGGUCGGACUGUUCGCCAUCGCGCUGGUCGGGCUACAUACCAUCGACGAAUUGUGGGAGAUGCUCGGCGACCUCAAGAUGCCGCCGACGCGAUACGCACACCAUUGGCUCGCGCGGAUCGCGGGCUUGAUCGUCGCGCCGAUUGCGGUGUAUGUCCUCUCGUUUGCGGUGCAUUUUGCGGUGUUGAAUCGGAGUGGGCCCGGGGAUGCGCAGAUGAGCUCGUUGUUUCAGGCGGGGUUGGAGGGGAAUAAUUUUCAUGAGAAUCCGCUUGAACUAGCCUACGGCUCCAAAAUCACACUUAAAAACAACGGCCGCGGCGGCGGGCUCCUCCACUCCCACGUCCAGCGCUACCCCACCGGCUCCGAGCAACAACAGGUCACCUGCUACCACCACAAGGACAGCAACAACCACUGGAUUGUCCGAAAAGCGUGGAAGCAGACUGAGGAUCCUGAGAAGGUCGAGUUUGUGAAAGAUGGGGAUGUGCUGAGAUUAGUUCACGCAUCGACGGGCCGCAACCUUCACUCCCACAACGUAAAAGCACCCGUUACGACCGCCCAGAACGAGGUCAGCUGCUACGGAAACGCGACCAUUGGGGACUCUAACGAUCUAUGGAAACUCGAGCGUGUCGAUGACCUCCUGGACGCAAAGUCAGAAGGAAUCCGAUCCUUAACGACCCGGUUCCGUCUGCGCCACCACCUCUCCGGCUGCCUGCUACGCUCGCAUGCCGUCACCUUACCGCAGUGGGGUUUCAAACAAGCCGAGGUGGUGUGUCAGAAAAAGGGCGAUGACGCGAGCAAGAACCAUUGGUGGAAUAUCGAGCAGCAUUCGCAUGAUAAACUACCCCCCGGCGGCAAAAAAGCGUUCCACUCCAAAUUCCUCCACGACUUCACCACCCUCAACGUCGCCAUGUGGACCUCCAACAACGCCCUCACCCCGGACCCCGACAAAGAACCCGACGCGCUCACCUCCCAACCCUACCAAUGGCCGCUCCUCCUCGUCGGACUCCGGAUGUGCGGGUGGGGCGACGACAAGAUCAAGUACUGGCUCGUCGGCAACCCGGUCGUGUGGUGGGGGUCGACGGCGAGUCUGCUCGUGGGGGUGGGGCUGGGCGCAGUGUACGCGGUCCGCUCGAAACGCGGGUAUGUGAAUUUCGCAACCCGUGCGGAUCAGGCCGCGUUUGUGUUUACGGCGAAAAUCGGACUGCUGGGCUGGGCCCUGCAUUACCUCCCCUUCUUCCUGAUGGGCCGCGUCACCUACCUCCACCACUACUUCCCUGCGCUGUAUUUCGCUAUCAUCACAUGUGUGGCGACGUUGGACCAUCUGGCCGCGCGCGUGUGUGGACGCGGUACGAUGGCCCAUGUGGCGGUUUUGCUGGGGGUGGGCGUGGGCGUGUUGGCGAAUUUUGUGUACUUUGGGGACUUUGUAUGGGGGUUUGAGGGGCCCGCGGAACGGUAUCGCGGGAGGAAGUGGGUUGCGAGCUGGAAUGUUGUUAAUGAUUAGAGACUAGGGGAGGAGGGACAAUUUUGGAAGGGGGUGCGUGAGUGACGGUACGGUUUAUGUUUAGAGGUUGUGAGGAGAGGGCGGUUUUUGUUUGUUCGUCGUAUAUGUGUGUAUAUACUGUGUUGGCCGUGUACUUAUUUAUGUGAAUGCGUA